AUGGGUAAUUGGUCAGAUGCUCCAUUGGAGAUUUUAGUUCUAAUCUCUGAAAAAUUAAAAUUGAUCGAAGAUUUUGUUGCGUUUAGGGGAGUUUGUUCCGGUUGGAGAUCCGCUUCCCCUAAGGAGAAAUUCACCGGAAUUAGUCAACUUUCUUGUAUAGUAUAUGCUCGCAAAGUUGUACCCCUCUCAAAUGUCGCCAUGCAUCACUUGCACCAUCGUCCACCACCAACACGUUCUGGUGGUCGUGGUCGCUAUCGUUAUUAUUUUAAACAACGUUAUUUUGCAUCCAAAGGUUGGUUAUUCAGGAUUAACUGGCAUGGAGACACUUGUCUGUUCCAUCCAUUUUCUGGUGCCCGCAUGAGUUUACCCCAUGCAUGCACUCUCUCUGAAUGCGAAGAAAGGGACUUAAUUGUCGAGGCUGUUUUGUCAUUCUCCCCUUCUUUUGCUUCAAAUUACGCCUUGAUUCUCCGUUAUGCAGAAUAUUCAUCAACAGGAUUGGCUUUUUGGAGACCUGGAAAGGAUGUUUUCACUGAAAUAGACAAUUACAAACCUGCACUUCAGUGGUAUUCGAUUACUUGCUGCAAAAACGGUCAGCUUUAUGCCUUGGACUUGGCUGGCACUAUUGUGAUUUGGGACACAAAUGCUAUCGAUGUCCCCAUCGUGCAAUUGGUUAUGAAAUCACCGUCUCUCUACUACAGAUCACUCCAAAUUGAACCUUGGCUCAUAUUACUCGCGGAAUCAACAGAUGGACAAGUAUUCAUUGUUGCAAGAACAACACACAAUAUCAAGGACAUGCUUGUUGUUCAUCGAAUUGAUGCCAACAAUAACAAAUGUGUUCAAGUCAACAACUUGGGAGGUAGAGCACUCUUCUUUGGUGUUCGUGCUCGCGUCUGCUUUUUUAUGGAACCUAGUGAGAUACCAGUAUGUAUGCCUAAUCAUAUAUAUCUUGACGAGAAAAGGGUAUAUUACAAAGAAUAUCUUUCAGUAGCCCAAGAUGGAGAUGACCACUUAAGCAAACCUGUACCUGGUAUUUAUAGCUUUCCUGACGGACCACUUGCUCCAUUCAAGCGCAAGCGCCACCAUAGUUAG